AUGGGACGCGUGGGCUGCGCGUUUAUCACAAAGGACGAUAACGAAACCCGCUGGAACGACAUCUUAUCCCGCGCCGGGUCCUUGCCCGCUCUGUCGACUCUCCACCUGUACAGGAGGCUAUCAGUGUCAUUCAACCCAACUCCUCUACAUCUGGACGCUCCCAACUUGCGGAUACUGUUUAUCGACUGCGAAGGCCACAUUAACGCACCCCUUCUGAGGACCGUUCAGUUCCUGUCCUUAAGCAAGACAUUCCCGAUCUCAUUCCGCUCAAUCCUCGCAUCCUGCAACAAUCUCACCGAAAUUUCAUUUGUCGCUCGCGACUUCUCGAACUACGGUAUCUGGAAGGAAAUAUACGCCAUGCUUAACAACAAGCCAAUCACCUCUCUCACCGUCGCAUUCGUCGCGUGGAAUACAUUCACGGCCCCAUCACCAAUCACGCUACCGGCCCUUACCAGUCUUAUGACAAACGUUCCCACUCCAGUGCGGUGUGCGAAGGUCGUGGAACUCGCCGUCGAAACGGAAUUACAAGAAACACUGGACAUGCUGCGGGCACUGCCAUCUGUUCGAGGGUUGUUGAUUGGAAGCCAUAUCUACUCGAGCACUGCCGCUGGCGCUUCUGCUGUCCGCGAUAGCCCGGUCAUCAUCCUUCCUCACCUCGUUGGGAUUGAAUAUCGGGCGUCUGCAGAUCUCCAUUUAUGUGCCCUCCUAUCGGCGCUGAGAAUGCCUAGGCUGUCGAACUUAGAAAUGCAUCUCGACGUCGAUCUCUUCCAAGAACGGCACGCUGCGCCGGCGUUGGAGAACGCGAGCUCCAACCCCCGCGCAUGGCUGGAUCGCUUGCGCCAUUCAAUGUCAUCGUUGGCAGUUCAUCUCAAGGCGCUUACCACAGGUCCUGUGAAGCUGCUUAUUCACAUGAACGAUCACCCAGAGCUGGGACCGUCCGUCGAUUUCUGUGCUCGGGACUCAGCCAUCGCAGAUGGAGAAUACAACGGUCUUAGCUUCUCCGCGACGGCACGUCAUAGCGCGUCCUUCACCAGCCCCAGUCCAGGAGACUUCAGCCCCUUCGUUCACAUCCUGCCUGCCUUUUCCUGGUCAACUGUCACAGUAUUGGAGAUGUCGUCGGAAGUACAUUGGGACGCCAACACACACUCGAGUCAGAUUUACUCUGAUUUGUUCUCUCCGCAACACGCCAGCGACUUCCGGUCUUUGACGGAAAGCUUGGAUGCCAUGGCUGCUGUGACUACUUUGGUAGUUCAUAUAGGGCUGCACAUGGGCGUCACAGGAAUCCCCGUGUUGAAGAUGGAGCGCAUGGAAGGACCGGAGUUGUGGCCCGAGCUCACUGAGCUGACGCUCGUGUACGGGGACGAUAACGCGCAUGCCUUCACCCGUGAGUGGUGGAAGGAUGUCAAUACCUUUCUUGGACGUAGGAGGAACAAAUGCCGAGGACGCAUUCUUAGUCUCGAAGGCGUACUGGAUGGGCAGGAAGAGUGUGCCUUACGACGAGAAAUGGAGCAAGCAGGUGUUAUCUUCCAAGUCCUCGCUAUAGCAUAA